GUUUCUAAAAUGGCGUUCAUUUAAAUUAUUUGUUGCGUUAUUUUUAUUUAUUUUUAAAGAAAAUUUUAAAACUGUUGACCUGAUAAUAAGCAUGGGCCGGUCGCCAAGCCCGCGCCGGCGCGACGACAGGCGGCGGGACGAGCGCCGCGACAGGGAGCGCGAGCGGCGGCGGCCGCGCUCGCGGUCGCGCUCGCCGGAGCGCCGCCGCCGCUCGGCCGAGCGCCGCCGCAGCCCCUCGCCGCGCCGCCGCCGCUCGCGCUCCCUCUCGCCCGGCCCGACCUCCUCGUUCAUCUCCAAGCCGAAGAAAACCUUCGGGGAGCGGCCCAUAGUCACGCCCGCCGAUCUCGAGGGCAAGUCGCCUGAGGAGCAGGAGAUGCUCAAAGUGAUGGGCUUCUGCGGCUUCGACUCGACCAAGGGCAAGAAAGUCGAGGACAACGUAGAGGGCGAGGUGCACGUAGUACUUAAGCGUAAGUACCGCCAGUAUAUGAACAGGAAGGGCGGGUUCAACAGGCCGCUAGACUUCGUCGCGUAGCCCCGAGCCGCACGUGUUAGACCUGCAGGGUCGUAUGUUUAUUGGGUGGCACAUGUGAUAUUUUUAGAUUAUUCAGUGCGUAUGUACUUGAUAGUUGAAGUACGCUAUUGUAUUAAAAGAAGAGAAGAGCAUAUUCCCUUUUUAAAAGGCCGGCAGCACACCUGCAAUGCCUUUGGUGUUGCGGGUGAUCAUGGGCGUGUUGUAAAAAAAAGUUGGUCCAGACUAAUCCGGACUAUGUUUUGGGGCCGAGUAGAGUUUGUACUUGGACAGAAAAUAGGGUCAAUUCUGUAAUAAUCAUUGCGUAAAAUUGGAUUUUUUAUUUGAUGCUCUAGUGAAUGUUUUAUAUACUGCAAACGUCUAAGCAGUACGCACUCAUAUCUGUUGAAUUUCGUACCAAUCCUGGAAAAAAUUAUUUUAAUAUAUACCUCUUUAGGCUUCAGGAAUGGUAAUGUAUGAGGGAUACUGUGAGAAAUGCAAUGUACCCUACGAGAUGUCUGGCAUUUUGGCAUGUUUUAUAGUUUACCAUUUACCAUCGAAUAAGCCAUUAAUUUGCCAUUCCUCAUUGCAUAGGAAGCAAUAUGAAAUUGUGAUUAUUGACUAGAGACAAAAACUUUCAGAAUUGACUCCAAUAUAUACAUACUGGUUGUACGCAAAAAGUACAUAAUACAAAUUGAUUUUUUUUUUUGUUUUUGCCUAGUUGCACUACGCAUUCACUAUGCAGUACAUAUGCACUUAAUAAUUCACUACACUUUUUUACUUAGAAUAAGUGUUGCAUUUCCCAUUUGUAUGGUCUGUCGCAAUAUAGUACACAUCAUACACAAUACAUCCAUUGUAAUAAAUGUAAAUAUUGUUCAAAUAACAAAUGUAUGUAUGGUUUCGGUUUUAUUUCAUGUAUUGUAUGGAUUGUACUAUGAUUGCAGACCAGACUCGUUUAUCGAACCUGAUGGUGUAUAUUAUCUAUCUAUUGGAAAAUAGUAACAAAUAUUUACGAUAGAUGGCGUGACUACACACCUUAUAAAAUUAAACCCACUGUAAUUAUAAGUGUGGAUUGUCACAUCCAUUUCGAUUAAUUAAUUAAAUUUACAACAAGUUUCACGCUUUUUAAGAAGUAAGAUUACUAAAACUAAGCUAUUAUUGACUGACAUCUCUUCGAAAUUGACAAAUGCCGCCAUUUUGUUUUAGUUGUAAAAAUUUAAAAUGGCGGGCAACUGUAAAUAUGCCAUCAGGUUCUGUCUAUAUUGUAAGUUAGCGUAAGUCCGUUACUACAGUACCCGCGCGCUGCUCUGCCCGCGCGGGCCCAAUAUAGCGCCUCGCGCACCAAGAAACGCGACAGAAUCCGUCCGCGGCAGACGCGCUGGUCUGAGCCUUCUCUCCUUGUUGACAUUUAAAAAAUAAAGCUUAUAAAAAGAAUCGAAAAUUUUGGCGGGAGAUUUAAGAUGACAUUCUCACAGCAUUACUAUUCCACAGACAAAAACAUGUCUUCCGGUGUUGCCAUACAUAUUUAAAAUUGAUAGGAUUUAAUCGUACACAUUUUAUUGUUUGUGGUUAGUUGAAAGAUGCUAAGUUUUGAGAAUUGUCAAUUCAUGAAACCAUAGACAAAAUAAUUCCUGGAACAAUAUUUUGGAUUAUUUUUUUUAUGACCAUAGAGAAGGUUCUGUAGACUGUAAAAUAAGACUGAAUAGCUGUCCGUACUGGUUCCAAGUUGCCCGCCCGGUGCGCCACAUAGCAAUAGUGUUACAGAGUUAUUUAUACACUGAUAUACACACACCCUCCCCCCCUACCCUAUACAUUCCUCCAUAAUGUACAAUAGUUCAAGACUGGCUGAUUAGAGUGUACUGUUUCUAAUUAUAUUGUCCUUUUUGAGUUUUAUAUUGCAUAAAAAUAUACUGCAAGCAAAGGUAACUAGAUCAUACAGCCGAAACUCACAGUUGACGAAUAUUUUUAUGAACAAUGCACUCUGACUAAUUAGUCUCCAUAGCCCAUAUACAAUUAUACACAGGUUGCUUAAAAUGUGAUAUUUUUUAAAUGAUAUAUUAACGCACACGCGUCGCGCGGGGGUACGGGCAGCGAUAACAAAGUCUACCACGGAUCGAUUCCAUUGCGUUUGUCACUCCAUCAGCACUUUGAAUGAAUCAGAAAAAAAAACUGAUACAAAAAAAAAAAUUUGUCUCCGACGUGUAAUAUUGGUCCAAAAAUUAAAUCUGGCCGUUGUAUGUGUAAUCCGUUUUUGUUAGCCGGUAUCUAAAAAAAAUCUAUAAUUUAUCACCAAUAUUUAUGUCCUGAAUGUAAACAAAAAAAAAAAGAAAAUAUAUUCCACAUAUUUUUUUUAUAAAGCUAAAACAAAUUUGAUAGGUCCUUGGAUAUAAAAAAAAAAACUAAUUUACAUCUAAUAUUAACGUGUUUACUUUUUAAAGACCUGUCAAAUUUGUUCUAAAUGAAUAAAAAAAAUAAAAUCCGCUUUGGCGCCAAUUUCGAUGUCAUGGCGCCCGCUACAAUUACAACUUCAUAUUUGGAACUGAUUUGCAAUUAAAAAUAUACAAGUUAUAAUUGUUUACAGAAGAUUUGAUCAAAUCGAAUCUAAUACCAAGUUUAUUAUGUUUUUUUGCCCCAAAAUUUCUGCUAACUAUCAUCAUUGGUAAGAAUACUGAGAGAUUUUUCGUAACUUUUAUACAUUUGUAUUUAUGCAGUUGUCAAAAAAAAAUACAAAUGAGUUGAUAGUUACUGAUUCUCUGUCUAUAGAAGUUUAAUUUUGAACUAAAAAAAAUAACUUCACUAUUCCACUAGUACUACUAGUCUCACAAAUGAUUUUGAUGAUUCAAAAAUCUUGUCUCUCAUUCUAAGUUAGUUCAAUAAAAAAAAAAAAAGAAAAAAAAACUUACAUUAUGUAUUUUUCUUUACAUAAAACCCCUUAUUUUGUUACCAAGAUAUCAUAUUACAAAUGAAUAUUUUCAUGGAAAUUCCCAUUUUUUUUUUUAUUUUUUUUUUUUUCUCUUACGACUUUGGAAGAAUAUUGUAUUAAGAAAAAUCUGUUUCACUACUAAUUGAAUAUGAUUUAUUAAACAAAGAUUCAUUCCACAUGUACAUACCACGAAUUAAUUUAUAGUUAUUUAAUACAUAUGUUUAAUUAAACAAAAAAAAAGUAUAAAAAACAGUAAGCCCCCGUGUAUUGUGAAAUUUGUAAAAUAAAAAAUGAUGCUCGUGUAAUCGUUGAAAAUUAAAACUUGAUUUAAAAAAUACAUAGCUGUAUAGCUUUGUUGCUUUGCAUUUUUUUUUUCUUUUUUUAAUUUGAUCAUACUGUGGAAAAUAUUUAAAUGUUAAUAUUUAAGCGGUAUUUUCACAUAUAUAUAUAUAUAUAUAUAUAUAUAUAUAUAUAUAUAUAUAUAUAUAUAUAUAUAUAUAUAUAUAAUUAAAACAAUUUGGCGUAUUGGAAAUAUAAAAAAAAAAUGCAAAAAUAAAAAUUAUAUCCGAGCAGCAUUUUGAAUUUAAAUAUUCGAAAAAUGUUGUAAUAUAACAAAACGGGCACCUCUAGGUUCAUCAUUAACCAAUAGGUUUGAGUAUUUGUUUGGUUUUGUUUUAUAAAAACUUGCUCACUUUGUCUCGCACUGCGAUUUUGUCACCGUUCACAUUUAUCCGUACGAUUUUGUACAAUAAUGUAUAUGACAGUGUAAAAUACAUCCAGACCUUUGUAACCAGUAGUCCAACAUCUUUGGCAGUCCAAAAUGGCUAUAUUUAUAUCAUUAUUUCAGCCUUAACUGUCCACUGCUACGUAAAACGUAAAACUCCUCCUUGAGGGGUUUUGCCAGUAGUUGCCACGCUUGGCAAGCGGAUUGGCAACCGCAGUUAGGCUUUGCUGUUUUAAGAAGGAUGUUGCUGCCCAUCUCUCGCUUUCCCUUAGUCGUCUCUUACGACACCCACGGGGAAGAGGUCAUAAUAUAUUUAUGUACUCCUGCAUUAUUCGAGACUCUACUCUACCAGAGGGAGACUUUGUACAAAAGUCGAUUGCUUGGGUACCUCUGUCCCAUUCGUGUUUCAACCGUGAAGCAGUUGUUUUGCAUUGCUGUGUUUCGGUUUGAAGGGUGGGAUAUGGCGUGAAUUUACACGGUACAGAGGAAUAACACCUGAGUUCUCAAGAAUGGCAACGCAUGGGGGGUAUCAUGGGCGAAACAGUAUACUCUGUUAUGUCCAUGGUAUUGCUCAUGUCUAUAAGCGACGGUUACCACUUUCCAUCAGGUGGGCCGUCAGCUUGUUUGCCAUUCUAAGUUGUAUAAAAAAAAAAAAAAAGACUCAUUCCUCUGUCUAGACCUAUUCGUUGGACGACUGGUAGUGAAGAGACCAAAUAAAAAAAAAAAAUGUGAAUAGAAAAUACUCCGCGGUGAAAAUUCGCAGUACGGUCCACAAAAAAAUACAGUCAACAUAUUAUUCUUAAUUUUAGUACCGUCAGCAUUAUCAGUACUGGUGAAUGUAAAAUGGUAUUUAACAUAGGUACCCAUGUUUCGUUUUUAAAAAUGUAUAAUAUGUGUUUUUAAAGUCCUUAUUCGACUUUAAAAAUACAUAUGUAUCAAUAAACUGUUCUAUUAUAUAUAUAAAAUAAAACAUUAUUGUGUUUCUAUUAAUGUAUUUCGAUUUUAAUUGUCAAAUUAUCGAUUUAAUGAUACAAGCAAGGUAUUUUACGAUUAACGUUUCAGUACACUAGCUAGCCAUGGGUAAUAUCGGUAUCACAUAUAUAGUUCGAUAUAUAUAUAUCGACCGAUAUAUAGAUAUUGAUCUAUUUAUUGAGUUACUCGUCAUUGAUGAGGGAAAAGUGAUCAUUAUUCAUUUCGAUAUUGUAUAUUGGAUAAUAAAUAUUCGACAUAUUUAUUAUCGGGGCGAUAUAUAGAUAUUGUAAUCAAGAUAUAUAGAUAUUACUUAGCAACGUUAACGCUAGCUUUUUAAAUCAUCCGCCAGAGACAUUGAAUGAUGUUUAAUUGGUAUUGAAAAUUGCCAGAUUGUCACAAAUUGGUGAAAAAAAUAAAUAAUAAAUAUAAAUAAUUAAAGAAACAAAGGAAUAAUGUAAUAAUAUAAGCUUACAUAGCAUAUCAUGCUAGUAAGUUUCCAUUCAAAACGAAUUAUAACCAUGUAAUGUUUAUACUAGACAUGGGUAUUAUGGGUACCGAUCCGAUAUCUAUAUAUUGGGUUCCUCUGGACAUUGAUGGCGGGAAAAAGGUCAUCAGCCAUUCCGAUAUCGCCCGUACCGGUCGGAUAUCUGUUUUCGAAUGUAUUUAAAGUCCUGUUUGUUAUGGUGUUGGAAGGUAACUAAUUAAUUUACUUGCAUUAUUUUUAGUAAAAAUUUGACUGCUCCUAUGCUGAUGUAUUUGUUGACUGUACUUAUUGACGUUUUGUAUGAAAAAAUAUUAUAAAUUUCGAGUUUAAUCUUUUUUGUGUAAAUUUUUGUUGACUCUAAAAAUAAGGAAUAAAAAUUUUUUAAUUUAA